UAUGAGUAUUCUAGUAUGUCGAUUUCUACCAAAUCUGUAAAUUCUGUAAACUUAUUCACACUGCUGCAAGAUGAGAUGGAGGAUAGCGAUCCCUCUGUAGACACUGGAUCCUCAUCAGAUGAAACGGAGUGCUCAGAUACGACGGACCCUGACUCUCACAUUCAUACCAAAGGAGAGUUUUUCGGCUGUUAUCUUCUGGUCUCAAAGAAUGAGAAGUUCAAGGGUCGGACGUACAUUGGUUUCACAGUGGACCCCAACAGGCGAAUCAAACAGCACAACGGGGGACACCACAUGGGCGGGGCUAGACGUACGAGCGGCAAGGGACCGUGGGAGAUGGUUCUGAUAAUUCAUGGAUUUCCGAGUGAUAUCGCUGCUCUUAGGUUUGAGUGGGCGUGGCAACAUCCUGCCAAGUCUCGUCGCCUCGGGAAGGGUGUGGUCAAGCGGAGAUCAAAGGAGAGUCCGUUGCAGUUCCGGUUCCGAGUUGUCACGGAGAUGCUCUCUGUGGGACCGUGGCAUAGACUACCACUCACCAUCAGAUGGUUAAAACAAGACUAUGAGCUUCCUUUCCCUGUCACCAAGCAACCCCCAGUACACAUGCCCAUUGCCUACGGACUAGUGGACAUCUCAAAGCCUGGGAAGACUCAACCUGCAGUUUGUUUGACCUCUGACCCUGAAUCUAACGACAAUAAUGAAGAGAGCAUUGAGUCUUGUGAAGUGUGUGGAAGCUCAUCAAAACAGACCUCACCUGCUGGACCUGGCGUGAGCUGCUACCAUUCAGGCUGCAUGAUGUGGGCCCAUACCACCUGUCUGGGACCCACGCUGUGUGGUGGGGAGGGGAACCAGUUGUUACCCAUUAGUGGAGAUUGUCCUCGCUGUGGGCAACUGUUGCUAUGGGGAGAGAUGGUGAGACAAUUGAAGUCCAGGCUGGCAACCAAGCCAACCAAGCCAACACACAAAAAGCAGGACCCUCCCUCACAACCACCACCUGCCAAGAGGAGAAAGACGAAGCACCCACCACCACAAGGGGAGGGGUCUCGAGAUCACUGGACACACCUACUACAUGUGUAGCUAGCUAUUUUGAACUCUGGGACAUUCAUCAU